CCUUAAACGGUCAUUACCGCCGUUCGGUCGACAAUUCUGCUUUGCGUUUAUUUUUUAUCAUCACUUUAUAUUUUGCUGACAUUUGGAACUUAUUUAAAUUGGUGGUUAGCCUUGCAGACAAAAACAGGGUUUUGGUGGUCCAAGUCUUAGAUUUCCCAUUCGACUAAUGUUUUGUAUUAAACGCCCCUUAAAAUGUCAUCUACAAGUGAAAUUGAAGCUCUACUAAAGAAGGCCGUUACCCUUUUACAAUCUUCCCAUGCCAAUUCGGCGGCAGAGCUCAGACUGUUGUUGGAUGAAGAAAUCAAGAAACGUUAUGGAGCCGACAAGACACUAACAAAUAACAUAAAUAAAAAACAGCUUGAAGAUGAAGCAAACUUUCCCGGUAGAGCAGUUACACCACCACCUCAGCCGGUUGAAGCAGAAGAGGUUAUAAAUCUUGUAAACUCUCCGGCUAAGACAAUUUCAGAUUCUCCAGACACUAUUGCUGAUUCAGAUGAUGCUGUAAGUGGCGCGGGUGGUGCAGGAACUGCCGGUGCAAUGUUGUCGACCACUGCCGAGGAUGAGGCGAAUCUAAAAGAGUUUGGCGAUCUUAAUUGUUGUGUCUGUGGUGAAAUGAUGUUCACGGCCACAAAUCGUUUGAUAGAAUGCUCACGUUGCGGUGCCCUUUAUCAUCAGGAAUGCCACAAGCCUCCCAUUACAGACGAAGAGGCAUCCGAAGAGCAAGGUCACAAUUGGCAAUGUGACAAUUGUGCAACCAAACCAACUACUAGCAAAACCGGUAGUCAGGUGGUUGUGAUACCCGAUGAACCCAUGCCCUUGAUUGCUACCUCUGUGGCUUCGAUAAAAUCAAAAUCCUCGGCAACAUCAUCUCGCUCCUCAUCAUCAUCGAAUUCAUCCUCGCCAUUUUAUAAAAUGGAACAAGCCACCGCAUCUGCCACAGCAAAAACUUCUUCAAAAAGUCACAGCAAAGAAGAUCGAUCUUCUUUGGGUACGAGCACAAAAAUAUCCUCAUCAUCGUCGCUGAAUGCACCAAGUUCGUCAUCGUCUUCCUCAUCCUCGAAGAAACAUUCCUCAUCAUCAUCGUCUUCGUCGAGCAAAAAUAAAUCAUCGUCAUCUUCUAAACACCAUCAUGACAGUAGUAAACGUAAAUCGAGUAAAUAAUAAUGAUGCAUGUUGGAAAUGGAAAAAACCUUGUAUUCGAAACUUAUACAUUUUGACUGGCAUUUUUUUAGAAUUUAGUAAUUAAUGGCCACCAAUUUUUUAUGAAAUAUUUUGAAAUAAAAUAUUUAUUUGGUAAAUAAAA